AUGUCCAACCAAGAACAGGGAUUCAAGAUCCAACCCCACCCGGCCAAGGACAACAUCGCGCCGUCGUUCCCCGGUUCCGACGCCGAAGGGACAGCCGGUCUCGGCGGAGCGCCCAACCUCGCCCAUCUGCACAAGGCCCAGGACCCAACCCAGGCCAAGGGUCCCCAUGUGCCCAAGGAUGAGAUCGCGAUGAAGUUGGAGCAGCCCAAGAGUAGGGAGGAAUUGCAGGGUUUGGCCAAGAGCUUGAACGAGUAG